UUAGAGAACCUCCUUUGGCUAUUAAGAGAAAAAAGCUCAAGAUGCAAAAGAGUCCUUGCAAAUGUGGAAGGAAACAUAUUUUGAAGUAAGAGCUAAAAUUGAAGCAUCUGGUAGAGAUGCCAGAUGGGAAUUUGACCGAAAGCGUUUGUUUGAGAGGACUGACUAUAUGGCAAAAAUAUGUGAAAACAUUAUUGAAAUUGCACAGGUUAUAGAGGAAUUUCACAACAUUUUUGGCCCUGAAUUGAAAUCAGUUACUGGUGAUCCCAAACGUAUUGAUGAAGUGCUAACAAGGGUUCAAGCACUUGUUGUUCCCUUUGAAAAUGUUUUAGAGGAAUUUCACAACAUUUUUGUCCCUGAAUUGAAAUCAGUUACUGGUGAUACCAAACGUUAA